GUUAUGGACUUGUACCACCACACCCUGUUUAUGUAGUGUUGGGAAUUAAAACCAAGGCUUUGUAGACGCAAAGCCUUCACUCCACCAAGUGAGCUACAUUUUUGUGUAUUUUAAUUUUAGGUGCUCUUCAACAACACUGACUGGGAUCUGCCUACAGGCUGACCUCACCACGUGGAGAAUUCACCAGUGAUAUUUGCAUUAUUGUGGACCAACCCUUCCAGUACCUGCCCUCCAUGUUUCUCCCCUGCCACUGUUCUCUGUAUUUCCCUGAGUUUAGAGUUUCUAUUUGUAGUAGAUUUGGUCCCACGGGAGUCACUCAGCAUCUUAGAACCAAGCAAAGAGCCUCAGUGGAUUGAUGCUAAGGCUGAGGUUGGGAAGAAAAUGAAGAUCCAGUGAGCUUCAGGAUGGUAGCAGGGGCAGUCUGCUAUGAUUUAAAAACUGGACUGGGUGGGGAGCUCACAAAACGUCUCAGCUGGUAAAGGUGCUUGCCAUCAGCCUGAUGACUUGAACUUGAGUUUAAUACCCAGACCCACAUGGGUGGAAGGAGAUAAGCUACUCUCAGAAAUUGUCCUCUGACCUCAGACAGAGGCUAAGAAAGUUUGAAAUCCUAAAACAGGCUGGCUGACAUGCAAAUUCCUACUUUCGAAUAUCAGCAACUUGGUGAUAUUAGAGACCAACCAGUGCCCGAAGGGCUUCCCAGUCCAGUGUCAGGUGCCUUGGAAGCAUCACCUCCCUCAAGACAACUUGAGAUGGGUGUGUUUAAUUGGGUCUUUAUAGAGGAGAAUGAGGUUAAGUGGGUUACUCUCAAGGUGACAGAGUAACACGUGUGGUUAAUCAACAAUUUUUGUCACCCUGUAGGGAGCCCCAGGUAGAAUAUUUCAUUCAACCCUCCCAAUGCUAAGCACUAUAAUUAUCAUUUCACCUUUUCAGAUAGAAAAGGUCAAGUUAACUUACCUAGAAUCUUAUAUUCGCACAUGGAGGGCCCGGGGACUUGAGCCCUUAAAGCUUAGUCCUGAAGCCAACCGUGAGGCCACAGAGCCUUCACUCCAUGAGGAAACAUGGACAAGACCCAUCUCUUUAAGGGAUGUCACAGAGGCAGGUUUCUCUCAGUGUAUCCCGCCUUAGCUCUCACAGGAUCCCCAGGCUAGGAGGCUCUUGAACAUCUGCAACACAGGUGGUAGGUACCCUGAGUCGAAGGGGAGUGUGACAGAGCCCGUUAUUGGUUCAGGUAAGCUCAGCCCAAAGAACCAGGGUCUCAGAAACUCAAGUCAUUCUGAGUUCCCAGGUUGGUUGUUUCAGGGUCUCAAAGAAGAAGUCAAGACAGUGGAAGGCAAGGAAGCUUGAUUGAGGGAGGGAGCCAGCUCCCUAAAAGGGAUGGGGUUGGAGGGGCCUCCUCUGGAUCAUUCUUAUGCCUGGUGCUAAAGCCUCAUUGACUAGAGCCUGUGGGUAAGCUGAGGAUGGAGCUGAGAAGCUUCUGACAGGCUGAACUGGACGGAUGUGGGAGAUAAGGUAGGAGAGUGCAGGUUUAGGGGAGGAGGAAGACCACCAAAAGUUUCAAAAGGGAGGAAGAACCGGGAAGUGAGGAGAUUGAGAGUUGGUGGUCAGCCAUGAUGCAGACAAGGUAAGGCCUUUUAAAAUCCAUAGCUGGUGAGCUCAACUGACGGAGUGGACUUGUCAAACAGAAGCUGCCCUCUAAACACACGCCUGUGCUCACGCAGAGGAGGGCUUCUGAGCUAAUUGACGGUUUUGAGAUCUGCUGUCUCCACUCACUCUCUACAGAGUCCGUCGGGAAGCCUUGUGCUGGUUUACUGAUAAACUUCAGACUUCUGCCUGAGUGGCGCUUUCAGAGAAACACCCAUCCGAAGUGUUUUUUCCCACUCUUCAGGGGCUUCUUAUCUAACUUUAAAAAACAUAAAAUAAAUUAGCCAGGUGGUAGUGGGUUGUGACUUUAAUCCCAGCACUCGGAGGGAAAGGCAGGUGGAUCUCUGUGAGUUUGAGGCCAGCCUGGUCUACAGAGUGAGUUCCAGGAGAGUCAGGACUACACAGAGAAACCCUGUCUCAAAAAACCUAAAAAAAAAAAUAAAAAAUAAAAAAAGACAAAAUAAAAUUCAAAAGCAGGAAGAAAAGCAGAAAUUCCCUCACCUCUAUCCGAAUCACCCCGCACUCAUUUCCUCUCGUCAGGCACCCUGGCCUGCUCACGAAUGAGGAAACAUUCCUAAGAAGGAAUAGGCAGCAGCACUGACUGCAGAGGUUCCUUCAUCCUGGGUCUCACUUCAUGUUUUGGAUGCUGCAAGCCUGGGUGAGAGGAGACUCCAGGCGGGGGCCUGCCUCGGCACUGCCAUGAACCACUUCCAGGCCAUUCUGGCUCAGGUGCGCACACUGCUCUCCCACCAGCAGCCCAGGCAGGUUCGGGCCUUCCUGGAUGGCCUGCUGGAAGAAGAGCUGCUUUCCCGGGAGUACCACUGUGCCCUGCUCCAUGAGCCUGAUGGCGAGGCUCUGGCCCGCAAGAUUUCCCUGACUCUGCUGGAGAAAGGGGAUUUAGACUUGGCUUGCUCAAGCUGGGUCGGCAGCAGGCUCCAGGCCCCGGUGGUAGAGAGGGGCAGCAGCUACAGGAACCAUGGAGGCCAUAGUCUGUGUGCCACCAUGGAACUGGGGCUUCCGGAGGGCAGCUACCUGGAGCUCCUUAACAGCGAUGCCGACCCCCUACAUCUUUACCACUUCUAUGACCAGAUGGACCUGGCUGGGGAGGAGGAGAUCGAGCUCGACUCAGGUGGGCCUUGUUCCCUGGGGCCUCUCCGCGCCUCCAUCCCUCUGGGGCCGAGACAGUCAGCAAGCGUCAGGACCACGGACAGCUCCCCGCCCUUGACAAUUGCGCUGACCUCGAUAAUUGACUGGAGACUGUCGCCCUCCUUCCCCAUCACCCCUCCUCCCAGACUCCCAGGCUUCAUCCUAGGGCUUUCCCUUCUAGAGCCGGACACAGACACCAUCAACUGUGACCAGUUCAGCAAGCUGUUGCAGGCCAUGGAGGGGGAUGAAGAGACCCCGGAGGCCUAUGCCAACAUCGCGGAACUGGAUCAGUACGUGUUCCAGGACACCCAGCUGGAGGGCCUCAGCAAGGACCUCUUCAUAGAGCACAUUGGAGCAGAGGAAGCCUUCAGUGAGAGCGUGGAGGUCCCUGUAGAAGCAGGACCGAGGCCUCAGAAGAGACGCUCCCCAGAAGAGCACUCUAUGGACCCAAAGCACAGGAAGCUAGUGCCCACCUCUACGUCCUCAUUCAACUGUUUGGAUCUCCCCAUCGGACACAUCCAGCUCCUUCCCACUCUGACACAGGGACUCUGGCAAAUAUCAGGGGCUGGCACAGGGCUCCCCAGUGUUCUGAUCUACCAUGGUGAGAUGCCCCAGGUCAAUCAAGUAGUCCCUUCAGGCAGCCCCACUGUCCCCAGCCUCCCCAAGUCCCCAGACAGGCUGGGUUCCAUCAGCCCCUUUGCACCGUCCGCAGCUGACCUACCCAGCAUGCCCGAACCUGCGCUGACUUCCCGUGCACAUGAGAUGGAGGAUACGACAUCCCCCUCCCCAUGCCAAGAGGAUCCUGAGUCUUCCAUCAAGCUUCCAAAAUGGCCAGAGUCUGUGGAGCGGUUCCAGAACUCCCUGAAGGACAAGUACCAGGUGGAGCCUGAGAGCCUGAGCGGUCCCCUGGUAGCCAUGGAGCUGGUGCGGGCCAGGUUGGAGAGAGGCAGCAACAAGAGCCAGGAAAGGGAGCUAGCCACUCCAGACUGGACAGAGCGCCAGCUAUCCCCCGGUGGCCUGGCUGAGGUGCUUCAAGCUGUCGGCGACCGCCGGCGGCGGCCACGAGAGACACAGGUGGUCGCUGUGCUGGGCAAGGCUGGCCAGGGCAAGAGCCACUGGGCCCGGAUGGUGAGUCAGGCCUGGGCCCACGGCCAGUUGCCACAAUAUGACUUUGUCUUCUAUGUCCCUUGUCACUGCUUGGAUCGUCCGGGGGACACUUACCACCUACAGGAUCUGCUCUGUCCCCCAAGCCUGCAGCCACUGGUCAUGGAUGACGAGGUCUUAGGUCACAUUGUGAGGCAACCAGAGCGUGUCCUGCUCAUUCUCGAUGCUUUUGAGGAGCUAGAGGCCCAAGACGGCCUCCUACAUGGACCAUGUGGACCUCUGCACCCAGAGCCCUGCUCCUUCCGGGGGCUGCUAGCUGGGCUUUUCCAGCGGAAGCUGCUGCGCGGCUGUACCCUGCUCCUUACAGCCCGGCCCCGGGGCCGCCUGGCUCAGAGCCUGAGCAAGGCAGAUGCCAUCUUUGAGGUGCCCAGCUUCUCUACUGAGCAGGCCCAGAUGUACAUGAGACACUACUUUGAGAACUCAGGGACAGCAGGGGACCAAGACAAGGCCCUGGGCCUCCUGGAGGGUCAGCCUUUUCUCCUCACCCAUAGUCACAGCCCUGCUCUAUGCAGGGCUGUGUGCCAGCUCUCCAAGGUCCUGCUGGAACAGGGCACAGAGACCCAGCUGCCUUGCACACUUACAGGACUCUAUGUCGGCUUGCUAGGCCCCGCAGCCAGAGACAGUCCUCCAGGGGCCUUAGUUGAACUGGCCAAGCUGGCCUGGGAGCUGGGCCGCAGACACCAAAGCACCUUGCAAGAGACCCAGUUACUGUCAAUGGAGGUGAGGACCUGGGCAGUGACCCAAGGCUUGGUGCAAUCUGUCCUGGGGACCACAGAGGCCCAGCUGGGCUUCUCCAGUUUUCUGCUACAGUGCUUCCUGGGUGCUGUGUGGCUGGCACAGUGCAAUGAAAUCAAAGACAAGGAGCUGCCACAGUACCUGGCCUUGACCCCAAGGAAGAAGAGACCCUAUGACAACUGGCUGGAGGGUGUACCACGAUUUCUGGCUGGAUUGGUUUUCCAGCCUCGAGCCCACUGCCUGGGAGCUCUGAUGGAGCCUGCAGUGGUGGACAGGAAACGGAAGGUUCUUACCCGGUACCUGAAGCGCCUGAAGCUGGGGACUCUGCGGGCCGGGCGACUGCUGGAGCUGCUGCACUGUGCCCAUGAGACACAGGACCCUGGGAUUUGGGAGCAUGUGGCACGCCAGCUCCCUGGGCACCUCUCCUUCCUGGGCACCCGGCUCACGCCCCCAGAUGUGCAUGUGCUGGGCAGGGCCCUAGAGACGGCCAGCCAGGACUUCUCCCUGGACCUCCGUCAGACCGGCAUCGAACCCUCUGGACUGGGGAACCUCGUGGGACUCAGCUGUGUCACCAGUUUCAGGGCCCCCUUGAGUGACACAAUGGUGCUAUGGGAGUCCCUUCGGCAGCGGGGAGAGCCCCAGCUACUCCAGGUGGCAGAGGAGAAGUUCACCAUUGAGCCAUUCAAGGCCAAGUCUCCAAAGGACGUGGAAGACCUGGACAGCCUCGUGCAGACCCACAGGCUGAGAAACCCCUCGGAGGAUGCAGCUCCAGAUCUUCCUGCCAUCCGGGACCUUAAGAAGCUAGAGUUUGCGUUGGGUCCGGUCUUGGGUCCCCAGGCUUUCCCCACACUGGCAAAGAUCCUUCCGGCGUUCUCAUCCCUGCAGCACCUGGACUUGGACUCACUUAGUGAGAACAAGAUCGGGGACGAAGGUGUAUCGAAGCUCUCAGCCACCUUUCCUCAGCUCAAGGCCCUGGAGACGCUCAACCUGUCCCAAAACAGCAUCACCGAUGUGGGUGCCUGCAAGCUUGCAGAAGCCCUGCCGGCCCUGGCCAAAUCCCUCCUAAGGCUGAGCUUGUACAAUAACUGCAUCUGUGACGCAGGAGCCAAGAGCCUGGCACAAGUGCUUCCGGACAUGGUGUCCCUGCGGGUGAUGGAUGUCCAGUUUAACAAGUUCACGGCUGCCGGUGCCCAGCAGCUGGCCUUCAGCCUUCAGAAGUGCCCUCAAGUGGAAACACUGGCAAUGUGGACACCCACUAUCCCCUUUGGGGUUCAGGAACACUUGCAGCAGCUGGAUGCCCGGAUCAGCCUGAGAUGACCCUGCUGUGCCCUGGACAAGGUAACUGUGUUGGACUCCAGAAAGGAGAACCUCAGGGACAUCUGGGUCAGUGUCCUCGUAAGGGGGGACCAAGGGCAUCAAGCAAGGCUGGGACCACGUGUCAUCUGGAGCUAUCCUGUUUCCAAACUGGCAGGUGUCCUCCAGACUUUGGGGACUUGGGCCAAGGAACCUCCCUGAGAUCAGGCUUAAGGACUUAGGAAAGACAGGCUGAGCCAGUCACCUAUUAUCCCCAUCGCGGCAUUGGGAAGUCCUUCCUUUGAAACUUUAAGUCUUUCUUGUUGCUGUUUCUCUUGGGUUCAUCUUCAUAGGAAAUUAAUACAUUUCCUGCCCACAGCAUGAAGACAACUGUCCCUCACCCGCCCCUGACUUGUGUUGCAGUUGCCCUCCAGUCCCUCCUUCAGCCCCCCACAUUCUGACAUCCCCUCCUCUGCUGUCAAGGCUGCCCCAUGGAAGCUCAUUGGCUCACCUGUC